CGACACCCACGCCUGGAUUAUUUUUCCUUCAUGUUGGAGUCGCGUUGGAGUGCAAGGGUCCUGGCGUUGCCAAACGCGUCAUGAUGCAGAGGGGGCUGGGGAUAGCCCGUGCGCUCAAUCCCGCCUAUAGCUGACCCGCAAAAUAAUAGCCGACGAAACGUCCUUCAUCUGCUAUAAACAUCUCUCAAGCGCAUCAAUCAGCCUUUAGCUAAGAUGGACAUCCCUUCGCGCGUGGGCGUCGAAUACGUCAAGAAGCUCUUGACCCCCGAUGCUCGAUCUAUCCACCUCCUCGCCUUCGGCACCGCCCUCGGCAGCCAGGUGUGGGUGUCUUUCGUCGGCGGUCCGGUGCAGUACGCAAACCUGCCCCGCCAGACCUUUGGCGUCAUCCAGAGCAAGAUCUUUCCCUACUUCUUCGGCCUCAACGGCGCGCUCAGCCUCCUUCUCGUUGGAACCCUUGCGAGGGAAUUCAAGGUGAUCCGCGAACACCCUUUCGACAUCUUUGACUCCACCGUCUACCAGGCGUUCACCCUGGCGACGUGUGCCGUCAGCCAUAUUGUCAACGGCCUCGUCAUCGGGCCCGCCAGCUCCAAGAUCAUGUUCGACCGUCACCGCCAGGAGCGUGAGGAGGGCAAGGACUGCAAGGACGAGUCAGCCUCCGACAAGAUGAAGACGCUCAACAAGGAGUUCGCCUCGCUCCACGGCAUCUCGACAUCGCUCAACUUCGUUGCCAUGGGUGGCCUCAUUUUCCAUGCUCUGGUGCGUCGCAGUUUUCCUGGCUCUUGCUUCUCAUGGAUGCAUCCGCGCUUGGUCGCGGAGAUUUCCCUUGUUCUUGCUGCCGCUGCUGCUGCUAUUGGGAUCACGACGAGCAUGUCGAGAAAGGCCAUCCACCCGUGAUGACAUU